GUUGCUAAGGGUGAAACUUUUCCCCUGACUUCCUUCACUUUGGGCCAGGAGGAGGGAGGCUGCGGGAUCCCGGCGGACUCGACGAACCCCCAGAAAUAACACCUAACUAAAUACACAAGGGGACCCCCAGAAGACGAAACACUCAUUUACUCCUCCUCCUGCAGCUCCGAACCGACGGAUUCUGACCUACAACUGCCGACCAAAGAAUAUGCAUCUGGAGAUUAAAGUCGCCCUGAAUUUUAUUAUAUCAUACCUAUACAAUAAGCUUCCAAGAAGAAGAGCUGAUCUGUUUGGUGAAGAGUUAGAGAGGCUGCUAAAAGGCAAAUAUGAAGGGCACUGGUACCCUGACAAACCUCUGAAGGGCUCCGGCUAUCGCUGUGUUCACAUUGGUGAAACAGUAGAUCCAGUGGUGGAGCAAGCUGCACGCAGAAGUGGUCUUGAUAUAGAAGAUGUAAGGGCAAACGUACCAGAAGAACUGAGUGUUUGGAUUGAUCCUUUUGAAGUGUCUUAUCAAAUUGGGGAGAAGGGAACAGUAAAAGUACUGUAUUUGGAAGAUGUAGAGAGCAGCACAGAGCUGGACAAAGAGAUAAAGAGCAGCUUCAAUCCUGAGGCACAAGCGUUCAUCCCAAUUACAAACCAAGAGGCUUCACUGUCAAACUCUCCAUCUCCAUCCUUUGGUCAGUCUCCAAGUCCGACAUUCAUCCCUCGUGCCACUCAUCCAAUUACCUUUACUACUGCCACAUUUGCAGCCACCAAAUUUGGCUCAACUAAGAUGAAGAAAGGAGGUCAACGCAUGGCGCGAUCACCCACCAAUAACCUUGCGAAGCACAAGGGUCUGUCUCUUUCCAUGCAUUCUCUGAACUUCAGUCCAGUCCAGGGACCCCCAUCCCAGCUUUCUCCUAACGCCAAGGAGUUUGUCUUCAGUGGUCCACCAGGGCUCUUUUAUGAGGGGGACAGCCAGAAUCUUCCAAGCCCUGGUCAGUUUGCCACCCCCUUCAGCACUGGGAGCAGCCUGUUUAAUGAGAAAUCUCCUUUUGUGGAUGGAUUGAACUUCAGCCUCCCCUAUCCAAGCCAGCCGUUCCAGCCUGUCAUCCUGGCUAAUUGAGGUAACAGAAGAAAACAACAAUUUUUUUUGAAGAAUUGAAGAUCAAGAUCUAGAAGUUAACUUUUUUUUUUUUUUUUCUUCCCCUUUUUGGCUUCUGAAAUAAAAUGGUAACAAGUAGAUAUUACUGGGAUACAAAGUACUUGGUUUGCAUUGCUACUGGACACUUGUGAAGUCCUCACCUUUUUACAGAGAUGAAUAUAUAUGUGAAAUAUAGAAGUAUAGAUUAUAUGGAUAAAAUAGGCUUUUCUAUCCCUCCCUUACAGUUGGCUGCAUCAGAAUAAACCUCUAGUUUUGAUUUCUCAGUAUGCCCAGAAGAAGAGAAAGUAGCUAUCGGUCUGCAUGGUCGCAUCAUUAGAACUGUGCCUGAAGCAGGAUUGCCAUGCUUGGAGUUUUAUAUUUUGAUUCAAUUUUCUACAGUUUUGCCCUCUGCCAGCCUGGAGGAACAUCUCUUGUGUUAUUGUGGUUAGAUUUAUUUAUUUCUGUAUGCAUUUCUUUACUGUUGCUACAGUCUUGUGUUGUCCCCUUCUUCCCUUCUUUAAUACUUAUUAUUAUUUUAUUUUUAUUUUUUUUCCAUUCACCAUAGCCAUGUAUUGGUGCUUCAGUCUGGAGAAGGCAUUACACUUAGACUAGGAGUAACUUGACCAGUGUUGCAGUUUAGCAAUAUUAUAAAUACCUUUUAAUGUUUAAUUUCAGCAUAUUCCCUUUAUGGGGCCUUAGGCACACGACCAUAUGUAUUUU